GUGAGAUAUCUACAUCGAUUGUUUGACGGAGCAUAGGACUGCAUACUGCUGCUGAGAUGACAAUUUACUCAUUGCUGAAAACUCGGUGACGUGGAGAGCUUCGAGCUUUGGGCUGCCGACUCGCAACACGUCACUACCACCUUCGUCGUGGACGCAAACAUGCUAAGGUACUUUGACCGCGACAUCUCUUCCGUGCGUCCAAUCCAGCAAGAUGACUCCUUGAGGGCGUGUGGCCCUUGAACAUCCACGGAGCAACGAGAUACAGACUACCAUUAUCGAACCACGCGGCCAGGCUCCAGCUACCGCUACCGACAAACGACAUGGCACGCAUCUUUCCCAAACUCACGGCCAAUACGUUACAAGCCACGACCUAUCUCCUCGGAGUCGCCCUCUUCUCCAUCGCAUUCCUGGUCUUCCUCAACAGCAGCAUUUCAUUUGUGGUCACAGACGUCAUCGGACGGAAGGAAGGACUUGGAGAUGCGGCAGGCACACUCAGUUUCUUCGACGAGUUACUCGCACUAAUCGCAUGUCCACUAUGGGGUCUUUUGAGCGACAGGAUUGGCGUACGAUACGUGGCGGUGGCAGGAUACUUCAUUGUGGCAAUCAGUCUGGUGUCGUUGGUACAGAGCACAAACGUCUAUCCAGAGCUGCUGGUAGGCAGACUUGGAUUCAGCGUGGGAGCGGCGGCGUGCAGCACAAUGGUCACGGCGGUUCUGCCGUCUAUGAUGGCUGAGAGGAGUGGGAAAGACAAAAAAGAUGAGGAGCAUACGGUCACAAAUGGAGAAGCAGGCACGUCUCAGCUUGCUGGACUGGUAGGAAUGUUCACAGGGGCUGGCGCUUUACUCGCAUUGGGCCUCUUUCUACCACUGCCUGCACACUUCCAAAGCGGCGGCUAUGGGCCAGCACAAAGCGUACAGAUUAGCUUCUACAUCGUCGGAGCAGUUGCGAUUUGCGUUGCCAUUUUCGUCUUCUUCGGACUGCGCAACUUGCCCGGCGAAGAGCAUAAAAGUCUUUCCGCACUGCUACGACCUCCAUACGACGAAACGACUAGCGUAGACCAGGAAGGCCACACGCACAUCACCCUCUCUCCCGCCCCCUCCUACCUCACUCUCGCCAAAGAAGCUCUUCUCCUCGGCUUCACCGACUCCUCCAUCGGACUCGGCUACCUCGGCGGCUUCGUCGCCCGCGCAUCCUCUGUCGCCAUCAGCCUAUUCAUUCCCCUGUUCGUCAAUGCAUACUUCAAACGCACGGGUCUCUGCACCAACAACCCGGACAAUCUCGACGACAUUAAGCGUAAUUGCGAGCGCGCCUAUAAAGUCGCCGCUGCUCUGACCGGCAUUGGUGAAUUGGCAGCUCUUCUCUGCGCACCCAUCUUCGGCUGGUUGGGAGGUCGCGCUGUACGAGGCAAGUCGGAGUGGCCGUUGCUCGUUGCUGCGCUCGUCGGUAUCGUGGGAUAUGUGAGCUUCGGACUGCUGAAGAACCCGGACGCUUUCCACGGAGAUCAAGGAUCAUACGCUUUCUUGUCUGUGAUUUGCAUCGGGCUGAGCCAGAUCGGAGCAAUCGUCUGCUCGCUUGGUCUGUUGAGUCGGGCGGUCAACAGGGAUGGGAAGCAUCCCGGUGGUAAAGGAACAGUACGGCAGAGCGAAGUCGGACCUAUCGAAGGCGACGAGACGGCUGCUCUACUCCCUGGAACGAAUUCCGCCGGCGCAAGUGGGAGAAUCGAUCGUUCGCGGCUGAAAGGCAGCAUAGCAGGAAUGUACAGUCUUGCUGGUGGAGCAGGCAUCUUGCUCCUCUCGAAGCUGGGUGGCAAGCUAUUCGAUACAUGGACGGUGGGCGCUCCAUUUUUCCUCAUGGCUAUUUUCAAUGGACUUCUGGCAGCUGGGAUUCUACUUGUCAGUGGUGCUGCGACGCUGUCGAGGAACGGGGCAGAGUAGUGCUUUCAGGCUGGAGCAGUCCAAACAGCAGUAGUGAUGACCUUAAUGAACUGCUCAUUUGAUGCACUUAACGAGGAACGAGUGGCUAGAAUAUUGGCGGCGAUUAUAACAGGUAGCUGAGACCUGCCAAGGAAUGGUGAAUUCAAGAUCGUUGCAUUC